AUGUACGGAAAAGAUCCAUACUAUAAAGCUUUCAGUGAGCUUGAAAAUAUUUCAGAAAAUCUAAUUCAGAAAUGCAAAGAAUAUAAGGAAAAGACGGAUAAUAUCUCCAACUACAAUAAAAAUACUGAAUUUAACUGCUUAUAUGAAAACAUCAAUAUGGAAAUUAAGAACUUUGACGAGAUGUAUAAAGUAUUGGAUAAUAUAGUGAAUAAUGUAAAAAAAAACCCAGAAAGAUUUCUUGAAAUAAAUAAAGAUGAGAUAAAUAAUAGGGAAAGAAAAUUGAGAGCUAAAUAUGAAAUUAUGAUAAAUUGCAAGGAACAAGCAAGGCUAAUAUAUAACCGUGCAAAAGAAAAAGAAAUACAAAAUCAACGAAAAAUAAAUAGAGACUUUCUAUUGAAUAGCCAUACAUCAAUAAGUAAUUCUAAUAUGGAAAAUGAAUUUUAUAAUAUUAGAAUUUCAAAUAAAGAUGAGAAUUUAGAAUAUAUCAAUCAGAAUACUAAAAAGCUUCACAACGCAGCAUUAAUAAUUUCACAGGAAUUGAAUGAGCAAAAUAAUUUAAUAGAAGGAAUGGAAUAUGAAUUAGAAAACGAAAAUAUAAAAUUGAAUUUUGUUUUCGAUAAGAUGAUGAAGAGUAUAGGAAUUUCAAGUAAGUUAUCAAAUUAUUUAAUUACUAUAUAA